AUGGGCGUGGAGGUUGAUUUUGAGGCGCCUCAAGAACAGCUUCAGGGUGUUCCUGGGGGUGAGCAUGGGGGCAGCGAGGCGGCGGUGGGGGUGAUGGGCGUGGGGUUCUUGGACUACAGUGAUGAGGAGGACGGCGAGGAGGAAGCUGCGUGGGUGCUUCUUGACGUCCAUGAGCAUGAGGAGGACACGGUGGUGUUCCGGUUUGGGUCGAGGGAGCAGGCAGAGGCGCAGUUAGAGCAGCUAGAGGAGCAGGCGCAGAGUCUGAGGGAGCAGAUUCAGGAUGCUGAGUGGGAGAGGCAGGCGCGGCAGCAGCUGCAGGUGCAAAGGGAGCAGCAGGUGCUGCUGCAGCAGCAGGAGCAGGAGCAAGAGUGGCAGGAGCAGCAAGAACAGCAACAGCAGCAGUGGCAGCAACAGCAGCAGCAGCAGCAGCAGCAGCUGGAGGAGCAGCAGCAGUGGGAGGAACAGGGAGCGGGAGGGGGGGUUGGUGUGCCCUCUGCGUGGAACCAAGAGCAGGCUGGGGUGCAAGGGGUGCAAGAGCAGCAGUGGGAAGAGGAGCAGUGGGAGCAGCAGCAGAGGGAGCAGCAGUGGGAGGAGCAGCAGCGGGAGCAGCAGCAGCAGCAGGAGGUGCAGUUGGGGUGGGACGAGCAGCAGCAGCAACAGCAACACCAACAACAACAGCAACAGCAAGAGCAGCAGCAGCAGGGGUAUGAGGCGCAGCAGCAGGGCUUACACGGAUACGAAGAUCAGCAGCAGAGGGAUGAGGGCAGUGCAGGGUGGGAGGGAAGUGCUUCUCAAUUUCCAGCUUCCAAUCUCAGUUAUCCAAACGGCGUGGUUCUAGAAGAGGAAGAGGUGUUCCCAAUCCCAGUUCCAGUCCCAGUGAUGCAGUCAGAACUGGAAGCGCUGCAAUCGGCAGCGCAAGGGGAGGGAGCAGCAGAGCAAGCAGCGCAGGAGCAGGGAGCACAGGAGUACGCAGCACAGGGGGGAUAUGGCGAGCUGGGAGCAGCAGAGCCGGGAGCAGCAAAGGAUGGAGGCAUAGUUUCAGGCGAGGAGGCGGCAGAAGCCCCUGUGCACGAGGAGGAAAGCAGGAGGUAUGCUCUCUACUUCCACCCCUCGGAUUUCCUGGCCGUCCAGGCCUCUGAGCGCAAGGAGGACGUGGUGUUGCAUCAGCUGCAGCUGAAGGUCGGAGCCUCUGAGCGCAAGGAGGACGUGGUGCUGCAUCAGCUGCAGCUGAAAGUCGGGGUCUACAGCGCGUCAAGGGGAGGUGACGAUGCGUAUUUGGUGGAGGGGAACUGGCUGGGCGUGGCGGAUGGCAUUGGCACAUGGACGGACCAGGGUGAGGAGUGGUGUGCGGUGGUGUGGGGUGGUGAGGGGCGGCAAGGGGUGGUGCGGGGGAUUAACGCGGGCUUAUACUCGCGUGAAAUGAUGUGGAACUGUGUCAACGUGAUCCGGUCGCGGCAGGAGGGAGCAGAUAGUGACGAGGACGACGACAGCGAUGACGAGUUAGCCGAUGAGUUUGAUUUAACUGACAGAGGGGCACUGGCAGAGGGGCACUGGCAGAGGGGAACAGCAGGUGCCUUCAGUCACCUGUCUGACCGCCACAACACCAAAUGCCACUCCCGCUUCCUGCCUCCCCUUCCCAUGCGUCCCCUCGUCCCCCCACCAGGCAUCAACGCUGGUCUAUACUCGCGAGAGAUGAUGUGGAACUGCGUCAACGUGAUUCGGUCGCGGCAGGAGGGAGCAGACAGUGACGAGGACGACGACAGCGAUGACGAGUUUGCCGACCAUCUAGAGGGCGGCAGAUCCGAUUCCGAGCUAGAUUCGGAUCACAACGACUCGGCAGGCGUCGGGCGGGGGCCGGCGGCGGGCGGCAGCCUAGACGGCGCUGGCGGCGGAGCGGGCGGCAUGGGCGGCGGAGCGGGCGGCGGGAGAGGGAGGGGCGUGGGGGGUGCGGGAGGGGGGGUGGUGAGCGGGGUGGGGGCGGGCGGGGAUGAUUACGACUAUGGGUAUUAUGAUGAUGAGGAGGAUUUGGAUCCGAUGGAUCCCAAGGGGGUGAUCGAGGAGAGCCACAGCCGCACGGACCUGAGAGGGUCCUGCACCAUCACUCUUGCCGUCCUUGACAAAGACGUGAGUGGGAAUGUUGGGUGCUACUCCCUCAAAACCAGCGGAGUGGGGGCGGGCGGGGAUGAUUACGACUAUGGGUAUUAUGACGAUGAGGAGGAUUUGGAUCCGAUGGAUCCCAAGGGGGUGAUCGAGGAGAGCCACAGCCGCACUGAUUUACGCGGGUCCUGCACCAUCACUCUUGCCGUGCUUGAUAAAGACGUGAGUGGGUUCUCUCAGGCAGCAGUACCUCAAAGCCAGGAGGGGAUGAUUACAACUAUGGUUGAAUGGAGUGGUGGCAAUGUGACUACAAAUGCGGCGCCUGCGAGUGGCAAGCAUAGGCAGCUGUGGAUUCGUGCUGCUGAGGAGGGGCGAGCUAGUGAUCCUCUCUCUUUGCCUCUCCCUCCCGCCCCGCUCCCCACUUCUGUCUCCCUCACCUCUUCCCCACCCGCUCAGCGGCUGCGAGUGGCGAGCAUAGGCAGCUGUGGUUUCGUGCUGCUCAGGAGGGGCGAGCUGGUGAUCCGCUCAGAGCGCAUGGAGCACUCCUUUGGCAACCCCCACAGGCAGCUGCGGUUGAGGAGGGGCGAGCUGGUGAUCCGCUCAGAGCGCAUGGAGCACUCCUUUGGGAACCCCUUCCAGAUCGGCCAUGAGGCAGGAGACGGGCCUGACUGUGCCAAGGUGAGCUCUUGUCUCUGCCACCCCCCGUUUCCACUCCGCUCGGAGCGCAUGGAGCACUCCUUUGGCAACCGCUUUCAAAUCGGGCAUGAGGCAGGGGACGGCCCUGACUGUGCAAAGGUGAGCUCUUAA